UUACCGUAUAAGGGAGCAACUCCGUGCGCCUUUACGGGGGGAAUAGUAACUUUCUGGCCAAUUAAUCCUCAAGUCGGCUAAGUACUAACCCAGAAAAGAGGUAUACCACGAUCGACUCAGUUUAGCGCUGUGUUCACCGGACGUAUAGAGAGGCUGUAUACCCAUCAGUCUGACGACUUUGUGAAUUCUUUAUACCCUCCGCAGUCCACCGAAAACAAGGCACACUUGCUUGGAGCCGAUGCACGUGUGUCCCGUAGCCCCUUGCCCCCAUGUAUUCUGCAGACUGAAGAGAAAUGCCUCACAUGGAUUAGGAAUACAAGCAUGUGAGUCUCGUGACCGAUACCUUUUCUUUCUGGCUUCGUGUAUAAAACCCUUCUUCCCCUUCCUUCGUUUGACGGCAGGGAAGUUGGUGAGAGUGUUGGACAUCAAAACGCAGUCAAGCGGAUGCCAAUGUCCAGCUCUCGAGCGGAAAUCGAAUGCCUGUGCCUUUGCCGCCAUGGUGGGAGGAGAGAGCGGGGCUGUCAAACAUACGACUAACACGGUUGAAUGGUGGAGGGUGUGGGAGUUGGAGGUGCAAAACGUCAGAUCCUCAGGUGAAAUGGAGAGGGAGAAGAAGAAGAAGAAGGGGAAGAGGCCGAUGAUGCGGGCCAGUGUACUACUAAAUACUAAAGCGAUGACAACUAUCUAAAGAAGAAAAGCAUGUUGUUUACUAGAAGAGGAAGAUGAAAAGCCGAA